AUGCUGCCUUGGGAUGUUUUCAUGAUAUUCCUCCUUGGGAGCUCUGCCCUUGGCGAAAUCUUGAUGUCGGCCUCGGAGGUCUCGAGAAACUACGACUUCGUUAUUGUCGGUGGUGCGUGUGUCGUUUCCUUUUGCGCCCUUCGUUUGACGUGUACAAUCCUGCUGAUGAUACCGCUAGGUGGAACAGCCGGAAAUGUAAUUGCAAAUCGUUUGACGGAGGACCCCGAUAUCCGGGUACUAGUCGUUGAAUCUGGAGGAUUGAACGAAGACGUACUAGAACUACAGGUGCCCUUUUUGAUGCCCCAAAUUCCUAUCAAAUACACUUGGAACUUCACGACUAUACCCCAAGUAGGCCUUGAGGGUAGGUCUGUCAUCUAUAACAGGGGACACAUCUUGGGAGGCUCUUCUUCGAUAAAUGGGAUGGUUUACACCAGAGGUUCGGCUGAAGACUAUGACCUGAUCGCCAAUAUUAGUGGGGAUGAAGGAUGGUCCUGGGACCGACUCCAGCACUACGUUAAGAAGCAUGAGCGAUGGUCCAGCCCCGUCAACAAUUCCUUGCAUUUGUUUAGGCCUGAGGUCCAUGGCUUUCGCGGGAUGACCUCAGUCACCCUAAGCAAGACUCGACAUUCUAUUGAUGACAGGAUGCUCAAGGCCACUGAAGAGAGUAGUGAAUUCCCCUUCAACACUGACUAUAACUCUGGACAGCCUCUGGGCUUUGGUUGGGCGCAAUCAACAAUUACUUCGAGUGGCCGCCGCGAUAGCUCUGCAACAUCGUACCUUGGCGCAAGGUUUAUACGGCGAGCUAAUCUCCAUGUUCUAUUGAACCAUAGAGUGCUUCGCCUGCUUCCUGCUCCCAGCGGACCGGGUGUGCACUUCAAUGCCGUCGAAUACGGGGAGAUCGUCGAUGUUAGUUCUCGUCAGAUUGUUGUGGCAGCCAAGGAGAUUAUACUCUCGGCCGGGUCCGUAGGGACCCCUCACAUCUUACUUCAUUCAGGCAUCGGAGAUGACAGUACUCUAUCUGCACUCGGGAUCAAAACCACCCACCACCUACCAAGCGUCGGCCAAAACUUCACUGAACAACCCAUUACGAUUGUACAGUGGCCUGUAGACGACAACAAUACUACGGAUCAGUUCACACGAAAUGCCACGCUCAUGGCAGAGUUCCUAGAUGAGUGGAAAUUCAAUAGGUCCGGCCCAUUAACGUCCUCGACGACAACCCAUCUCGGGUACCUACGACUACCUGGUAAUUCAACCGUAUUCGAUAUCGUCGCCGAUCCCUCGGCCGGUGUAAACACGCCCCAUAUUGAGCUCUCUUUCUCAAAUGGUUUCAUAUUUCCUGUGCCUACGGGCGGGGGGUUAGGUGUAAUUCUCUUCCUUGUUACUCCAAUGUCGCGUGGCUCCAUUUCGCUGAACACCUCCGACCCCUUGGAUCAACCCCUGAUAGAUCCCGCCCUGCUAAUGCACGAGUUUGAUCGCUUUGCUUUGCGAGAAGCCAUUCGACUUGCUCUCAGAUUCGUCGCUUCCCCUGGCUGGGAGGACUACAUACUCGAACCGUCCGGAUCCCUCUCAUCACUGGAUAUCAGUGACGACGGGCAGCUCGAUGCAUUCCUCCGAGCCAGUGUACUCGCGGGAUUUCAUUCUGUUGGUUCAGCGUCAAUGUCACCGAGAGGAGCGCGCUGGGGAGUUACGGAUCCCGACUUGAGGUUGAAAGGAGUACGCGGGAUACGUGUUGUAGAUGCUUCUGUUAUUCCUCAUAUACCGUCAGCGCAUACGCAAACUGCCGUGUAUAUCAUUGCGGAAAGAGCUGCAGACUUGAUCAAGGAGAGUUGGGGGACUCGCUAA